CCAAUCGUAACUCGAGUUGCAUCGAUUUGUGGUUUGAAACGCAUCGCCUUCAUCGAAAUGCUGGGAAGACAAGGUCUGGGCGCGGUGCGGUCGACGUGGCGCACCUCAUGGACGACACCGGCGCGCCAACUGCAGCGCACAGUGUCCACCAAGAUCCUGUCUCGUCGCUCCACCAUUCGUGAUGCGCGAGAGCAAGGCAGUGGCUUGCGCGUGGCUAUUGGUGGCUGGGUCAAGUCAGUCCGCAAGCAUAAAUCCGUGAGCUUCGUGAACGUCAACGACGGGUCGUGUCUAGGCGAGCUGCAGAUCACGCUGCCGGCUGAGGAGGCUGAAGGAUCCACGAAUGGGAUCAUCGGGGCUAAACUUAGCGAUAUUACAGUCGGAUCCAGCAUCUUCGCGGAAGGAGAGUUACGCGAGGUGCCUGGAGGCAAGCAGAGGCGUUUAGAGCUGCACCCAAGCACACUCGAGGUGCUUGGCAAGUGCGACACGCAAGCAUACCCACUGCAGAAGAAGUAUCACUCGCUUGAAUUUCUGCGCGAGAACCUGCAUCUACGCGCACGCACCAACACAUUUGGUGCUGUGACCCGGGUGCGCAACGCUCUUGGUCAAGGACUGCACUCGUACUUCCAGGAAAAUGACUUUCUGCAUUUGCACAGUCCAAUCCUGACGUCGAACGACUGCGAGGGUGCCGGCGAGAUGUUCCGUAUCGCUAAAAUCGAUGGGAAGGACGAGGAGUUCUUUGGCACGCCGACGUAUUUAACGGUAUCUGGCCAGCUACAUGCUGAGAUGUACGCUUCCGCUCUGAGCAAGGUGUACACUUUUGGCCCAACAUUCCGUGCAGAAAACAGCAACACCACCCGUCAUUUGGCAGAGUUCUGGAUGGUUGAGCCUGAGAUGGCGUUCGCGGGCCUCGAAGAGUGCGUUGCUUCGGCCCAGGGUGCUAUCCAGCGUUCUGUGGCGCAUGCGUUGAAUACUUGUGCUGAAGACAUUGCGUUCUUCAACAAGAAUUACGACAAGAAAAUCGCUGAGCGACUGGAGCGUGUUGUGGAGAAAGACUUUGCCCGCUUAACCUACACGGAAGCCAUCGAGGUUCUUCAGAAAGCAGUGGCAGAGGAAAGGGGCAAAGUGAACUUUGAAAAGAAACCCGAGUGGGGAAUGGACUUACAGACGGAACAUGAGCGUUUUCUGGCUGAAAAAUACGUUGGCGGACCGGUCUUCGUGACGGACUACCCGGCAGGCAUCAAGGCCUUUUACAUGCGCAAGAAUGCACCCGAUGAGCAAAACCGAGAGACGGUGGCAGGCAUGGACCUGCUGGUGCCAAAAAUUGGUGAACUCGUCGGUGGUAGUGUUCGUGAAGAGCGUUUCGAGGUGCUGGAGAAGAAAAUGCGUCAUCUUGGUUUGAUCCCUGAAGAGGAUCUUGAUGAAGAAUCCAUUGCUUCUGCCGGUGGAGAUCUCGACUGGUACUUAGACUUGCGUCGCUUCGGUUCGGUACCUCACGCUGGUUGGGGCCUUGGCUUCGAACGACUUGUGCUUUUCGCCACGGGAAUGGAUAAUAUCCGCGAUGUGAUCCCACUACCUCGCUUCCCUGGCCAGUGCAAACACUAGUUUUUCCACUCAUUUUAGAGAACUUUGUGAAAGUGAAGACCAGCUCGUGCACGAAGAGAAGUAAUUACAUUUUCAUUGUGUACACAUUGGUUGAUUCAUUUGCACAUUUCGUCUUGUU